AUGGCAAAUCUUGUCCAUCCCCCGCUUGAUUUCUUACACAACCCAGCCACUCAUCCGCCAUCCUACUUAGGUUUUGGUUUUGGUCUUUCAGUAAACUCCGGAGCUAGUUGGCAGUCUGCAAUGACCAUGGGACAUACGCAGCCUGCUGCGUUCCAGCAAUUAGCCUCAAGCAUGAACUUGCCUACUUCUGCGCAUCGCUCACAGAAAAGAAGACAUGAAAUUGACGAUGAAACGGAAACCUCUAGUCGACAUGGCGGCCGGGACGUAGCUAUGGACCGAAGUCCAACGCCGGAACGCCCUAAGCGUGGGGCACCUAAGCGAGCAAAGAUCAACUCUGCAAGUAACUCAAAAGAUGACAAGGGGGGGAAAGAAAAUAGUUCGUUGGGCUCAGAUAAUGAUGUCGACGUCGGCGUUCUCCUUGCGAGUUUACCACCGCAAUCACUACUUCCUCUGCUUAAUUCCAUGCUUAGUGCUCAGCCAUCACUUAAAUCCCUUAUACUACCUCUGAUACCCCGUCCAACGCUGGAUACAGCUAUACAAGCUCUGGAGCAAUCAGCUCGAAAACUUCGGGAAGCAUAUCCUUAUUCCAACCCGUCAUCCUUUGCGCUAGGGUCAUCAUCAACGACUUCUUUUGGUUUUGGAUCUGGAAUCACAAACUAUAGAACACCAGUCGGCGGCCCACCUGAUGGUGGCAUGCGAGAGUCAUAUAUCCUAUCACGUCUACGACCAGCCAUACAUGAGUUCGUGUCCGCCUCCAUGUCAUAUGUGCCAUAUUUUUCCUAUGCAUCCCCUUCAUUGCCGUUGCACGUUGAUUCCGGCGCUUCGUCACAAUCGCUCUCUGCAGCCCUUCAGCUUCAACAUAAAGACAGGUCUCAUCCGUCAGAGACUUUUCUCUUCCUUUCGGCUCUCAGCAACCAUAUCCUUUCUCAACCAUCCCUGACACAAUCAUCUCUCGCCCCUCUGUUACUACCCCGGCUGAUUCAGGAGUGGCGAGCCUGGAUAGAUCGGAUAGAUGAAGUUGUGAACCAACAGGGGGGGAUGUUCGGAGUGGAUACCGUCAGAAGUUGGGAAAAGGGGUUGGACGAGUUUGCCGAGGCGAAAGGUCCUGAGGGAUGGCAGGACAUGCGAAAGGUGCGAGAUCAGUGGGUAAGCAAGGUCGGCUGGCUGGUGGGUAGGAAUGUUCUACACCUAAUGGAGGAGGAACUCUGA